GUGCUCAGGCCUCUACACCCACUAUGAAAUGGUCUCCCUAAUAAGACAUGAGUCCAUCUGGGCCCCUAAAAAAUAUUUACAACAUUAUUGAUUAUAUUCCCCAGACUCCUGGCUGGUUUUUAAACACACCAGGCAUGCUUGUGCCUGAGGGCCCUUCCACUGACUUUUUCCUCUGCCUGGAAUGCCCCCCCCCGCCCCCGUUCUCCAGAUAUCUGGAUGACUGACUCACUCAUUUCCUUCAAGUGAGGCAAAUGGGGAAAUGACUCCUAGGUUGUGACUGGGGUGGUAAACUAAAGAGCAAUAAGGCUGAAGGGAAAGGUGACAGCCCAUUUUUGAACGCGUUGAGUCUGAGGAUCCUGUUGGCAACUCAUGGAUACAGUCUAUCUCCGGCAGGAACUGAGACGAAAGGCGGGUUCCGGCCCCCUCCCUCGAGCCUGAAGAGAUGCUGGGAGAAGGCACGCACAGAAGAGUAGGAGGUGGGUUUCCCUGCCUCUCGGGUUUCUUCAGGAGCAGCUGCAGGAAGGGCGUGGGGGACUGCGAGACAAAGAGAGUCCAGCUCCGCCUUUGUCCGGGCGGCCCCUUUAAGAAGCGCGCCCCCAGCUUCUAGCCGCCUUGUAUGCAAAUUUGGCGGCGAGGCGGGAGCGCGCGGCUGCUACCCUGGGACUAGGCUGCGGCGGUUAGUCCUCUCCCGGCCGCCGUCGCCUCCGACAUAUUGCCCGCAAGAGCUGCGGCGGCGAAGCAGAGAGCGCCGGGGGAAGGAGAUGGGAGGACGAAGAGGUCCCAACAGGACAUCCUACUGUCGAAAUCCACUCUGUGAGCCAGGAUCCUCAGGGGGCUCUGGUGGGGGCCACACUUCCAGCGCAUCAGUCACCAGUGUCCGGUCCCGCACCAGGAGCAGUCCUGGGACGGGCCUCUCCAGCCCCCCACUGGCCACCCAGACGGUCGUGCCCCUACAGCACUGCAAGAUCCCCGAGCUGCCAGUCCAGGCCAGCAUUCUGUUUGAGUUGCAGCUCUUCUUCUGCCAGCUCAUAGCCCUCUUCGUUCACUACAUCAACAUCUACAAGACAGUGUGGUGGUACCCGCCCUCCCACCCACCCUCCCAUACCUCCCUGAAUUUCCACCUGAUCGACUUCAACUUGCUGAUGGUGACCGCCAUCGUUCUGGGCCGCCGCUUCAUUGGGUCCAUCGUGAAGGAGGCUUCUCAGAGGGGGAAGGUCUCCCUCUUUCGCUCCAUCCUGCUGUUCCUCACCCGCUUCACCGUUCUCACGGCAACAGGCUGGAGUCUGUGCCGCUCCCUCAUCCACCUCUUCAGGACCUACUCCUUCCUGAACCUCCUGUUCCUCUGCUAUCCGUUUGGGAUGUACAUUCCGUUCCUGCAGCUGAACUGUGACUUCCGCAAGACAAACCUCUUCAGCCACAUGGCUUCCAUGGGUCCCAGGGAGGCUGUCAGCGGCCUGGCACGGAGCCGGGACUACCUGCUGACGUUGCGGGAGACAUGGAAGCAGCACACGCGGCAGCUGUAUGGCCCAGAUGCCAUGCCCACCCAUGCCUGCUGCCUGUCACCCAGCCUCAUCCGCAGCGAGGUGGAGUUCCUCAAGAUGGACUUCAACUGGCGCAUGAAAGAAGUGCUGGUCAGCUCCAUGCUGAGUGCCUAUUAUGUGGCCUUUGUGCCUGUCUGGUUCGUGAAGAACACACAUUACUAUGACAAACGCUGGUCCUGCGAGCUCUUCCUGCUGGUGUCCAUCAGCACCUCAGUGAUCCUCAUGCAGCACCUGCUGCCUGCCAGCUACUGCGAUCUACUGCACAAGGCUGCUGCCCACCUGGGCUGCUGGCAGAAGGUGGACCCGGCACUGUGCUCCAACGUGCUGCAGCACCCGUGGACUGAAGAAUGCAUGUGGCCACAGGGCGUGCUGGUGAAGCACAGCAAGAACGUCUACAAAGCAGUGGGCCACUACAACGUGGCCAUCCCCUCCGACGUCUCCCACUUCCGGUUCCACUUCUUUUUCAGCAAACCCCUGCGGAUCCUUAACAUCCUGCUGCUGCUGGAGGGCGCUGUCAUUGUCUACCAGCUGUACUCCUUAAUGUCGUCUGAAAAGUGGUACCAGACCAUCUCGCUGGCACUCAUUCUCUUCAGCAACUACUAUGCCUUCUUCAAACUGCUGCGGGACCGCCUGGUAUUGGGCAAGGCUUACUCGUACUCAGCCAGCCCCCAAAGGGACCUGGACCACCGCUUCUCCUGAGCCCUGGGGCGACCCCGGGGACAGCAUCCAGGCUGCAGCCGGGGGUUCCCUGGAAAGGGGCUGGUGGGGAAGGAUGAGUGAGGGGCAAAAACAAAACAAAAACAGACAAAAAAAAUCCACCAGAGCUUUGUAUUUUUGUUACAUACUGUUUCUUUCUUUGAUAAUUGAUGUGAUUAUGAGGAAAAAAAAAAGUCCUAUUUUUUUACUCCCAA